CAUAAAUAAUUAUUUCUGCAAUAUUUCUCAAAUAUCAUUUAUGUAAAUGAUAUGAUGUAACAUCUUUUUCGCGGGGUAGUAAUUGCUAUACCAACUAGGCAUGAUGUUACAGCGCUUCUUCCUGAUUUGAACUUCAUAGUUUUGACUGACGUAUCAAUAUUUACAUUCAAAUGAAGAACCAUACGUAUUUCUUCGUCCUCUUGUACCGUAUUCAGUUAUCUGUGUUCUGUAAGGAGAAACGGACACAAUGUCGGAAGUUAUUGUAACGGAAGAAAACGUGUGGCAAUAUUACGAAAAAGUGUCGGAUUACGAAGCAAAAUGCAAGUUUUGCGGACGAAAAUAUGUUUACGUCCGUUCAAACAUUCGCGUACAUAUAACAGAAAGUCAUGAUCAUAUAAUAAAUUACGAAGGAACAUAUAAAGGACGACAAGAAUGGCCAUGGACAUGUUAUAAGUACAACGAUACUUCCACCUCACAAUGUCUUUUCUGUCGUAAGAAUUUUCAAUCUGAUUUUCAAUCUUUAGCAUCUCAUCUACACCACAAGCAUGUUAACGAAGUGAAGAAUUACGUACUUCACCAUUGGACAUGGAAAUAUUGUGAGGAAAGUUAAUGAUUUUCAAGCGAAAUGUACCGAGUGUAUCACUGACUUACGUAUUUGGUUGAAUAAUCAUUUACAAACACAUAUAAAUAAUCAUUCGGAAGAAUUAAAAAAUAUCCAAGAAACACGCGACAUAGUUCUUUCGUCAAAAUCCAUCAUAGGUUUAAAAAUGAUAGAAGUUCGAAGAAACAUAUCGGAUUAUUAUACUAAACUGCUGUCUUUUCGAGUAAAAUGCAAAUCGCUAAACUGCACCUAUCAAGAUAAGUUUGUCUCUAUUACACAUAAUCUUCUGCACUUUCGCAAAUGCCAUAAAGCCAUAUCUAAAUGGGAACAGAAAAACAAAAAUCAAAAACCAUGGAUAUAUUUUAAGUAUUCGUAUGAAUAUACUUUUGAUAAAAACAUAUUGCACUCAGAAUGUCUCAUGUGUGGUGAAUUCUUUCUGACUACUCCUGAAUCUACAAAGACACAUCUGUCACAGCAUUCUGACGAAGAACUAGAUGACUUCAUACAUGACCAUUGGGUAAUGAAAUAUUUUAUACAAGGUGAUGACUUUAAAGGGCUCAAGUGUACCAUUUGUUGCAGAAACAUAAUAUUUGAAAUUAAUUUUGGAGUAUUUUAUCAUAUAAUUCUAAGUCAUCCGAAAGAAUUGCAUUUGAGUAUAUCAAUAGAAAAUAUGCAAGAACUGCGCCUAAAUUAUGAUUUAAUAGAUUUUCGAGCAAAGUGCCAAUCUUGCGACUUUCAAUCUUGUUACGUCAAUACGAAAAACUUUAGUCAACACGUAAAGGAAAAGCAUCUAGAAAUAAAUAAUGACGAAGAAGCAUGCGGGGAAAAUUGGCAAUUCAAGUGUUUUAACUAUAUUAAUUCAACUACUUUACAAUGUCGUCUCUGCAACACAGAACAUUCGAAUAAUCGUUCCACUUUAAAAAACCACUUAUUCAAUCACUUUUCUGACAAAAAGGAACACAUUGUCGACUGCGGCUGGGUAUGGAACUGCUGUACAAAAGUUGGUGAUUUUGAAAUAGAAUGUCAUUUUUGUCAGAGCAAAAUAUCUCUUGACGUUCCGUUAUGGUAUUUCGAUCGUCACAUUGAAGAUAAACAUCCGAAUAGGCUGACAAGUACACAGAGAAUGUGUGACAUAGCUGGAUCAUCAGGAAGCCAACCAAACUGAAGAAAACAGGUUUAUUCAGAGUUUGACAAUGAUGAUAACGACGUUCAAGUAGCAUCACAACCAACGAUAACGGCAAUUUUAAUUUUGACGAUUCAAAUAAUUUGAAGUACACGAGAAAAGUGACAUGUCUUUUGACGUAUAAUUUGUUUUACUUUUAUAAUCUAUAAAUAUGUUUAUUAAUCUAUGUGUCACAUAAAUAACAAGUAUUAGAACUUAUAUACGUUGAUAAAUUUUAUUUAUGU